AUGUUCGGAUGUAUAGCCCCGCCGCGGCAGUCCAGAAAUGUCAUGAGAUCCUAUUCACAGGUGACAAAAAAUUUUCCUCUAAAAAAGUAAAUUUUAUUCCAACUUGUUUCUCAGGAUUCUCGAGAAUUCCACGGCGAUCCCCGAUUCCAGCGCCCUGCUUCCGUCGAAAUCCGUCAGCGACAUCAAUCUCUCUCAACUCGAGGUUUUCCCCGGUUUUUUUCGCAACCAGACACCUCGCAACUGCUUCCAGAACGAUCCGCAACUCCGCCAGCGAGCCUGAACCACGCGGACACGCGAACCAAACCGCCGAAAGUAAAACGACUCGACAAAUGGAUCGGCAAUUUGUUGAAUGAACGUAAGCGCCGGGAAGUGUAUGGUGCAUCGGCCCGUGGCAUUGCGUACUAGAACAAAAAAGGUUGAAAUAGCAUUUGGAACAAGUUAAAGUUCCAGAAAAACAAGAAAAUCGUACAAUUCUGGCCUAAAUUGUGGCCUCAAAAGUAUGUUGCCUUUGGAGGCUUAUAUCUCGGAGACCAAUAAUAGUUUCAAAAAGUUGUCAACAGAAAAGUUGUCGAAAAUUUUGUGCUGAACAACUUUGUAAUUGAUCAGUUUAUCUCAAAAUGCGUACAUUCCGAGUUAUGAGCCUUUAUCUGAGCAGUGUUCCUAAAAGAGUGAUGACAAAGUAACGCGACACUUAUCGACAAGUUUUUAGUGGUCUUGGAUACUUUUUUCUCGAUAAAUGUAUCGGCGAAGCGUGGCGAGACCCCGUCUCGUGCUCAUUUCUCGUAGUCCUAUUAGUUAGUACGUGUGGAGCGGCCGUGUCCGAGAUGAUCGGAAGGGGACCGGAGUGUAACAGUCUUUCUCUCUCUCUCUCUCUUCCUCUUUCUUUCAUUGAGUGAGCACAAUCACUCAAUAAUCUCUCCGCUUCUUCUUCUUCUUCUUCUUCUUCUUGACCCCUCUCUCUCUCUCUCUCUCUCUUUCAUUCCCUUACACAAUUACACUUCUUCUCUCUCUCCCCCCCCCCCCUUUCUUUGAAGUAUUAUACUACAACAAUUUGUGACUCAUUUUCUCCCGCAUUUACCAUUUGAUUUACUACUUCCCGCUUCUUCUCUCACAUUUUGGACGUUUUGCAACAACUGGCAGGUUCACUUUUUUGGUUUCUAUCAGUUGCAAAGUGUCUAUUCAAACUCGCAAUGGUUGCAAAACGUCCUAAUGCCUUGAAGGCUCUCACCUCUUGAAUAUCGGCUCUUUGGACGUUUUGCAACUGAACAUUGAAUUGCAAAGUGUCUUGAACAGUUCCUCAAGUAGUUGCAAAACGUCCUACGACAUCCAUGCUCUCUCUCUCUCUCUCUCUCUCUCUCUCUCUCUCUCUCUCUCUCUCUCUUCCUUCUCCUUUUCUUCCUCGCUUCUCACCGUGCCCACCCUAAUACCGUCUAUUCUAGACAAUUUAUCUCAGCUGCCGGUAAAGAUUCAAAAAACUCGUCAACUAAUAAAAUGUCCAGAAAGAUAUUCUACACUUUUUAUCAGUUGACAACUUUUUGAUAUCUCCCUUCGCCGCCGAGAUACAUCGUCCAGAAUAUACAGUAGUCGGAAGCUCUUCUUUUAUAGACAGUAACUCGCUCAUUUCCAGCGGCCCCUUCUCCAAUUCUCUCGGCGCGAAAAAAAGAGAAAAAAGGAGAUGCCGGGCGGUCUGUUCAGUUGGCGUCCGCGUAUUCUGGGCGGUCGGAAGACGCCCGAAGCGACGCAAGCCGUGCAGAUCACAAUUGCGCCGGAGCCGCCCGAACUGCCGGAGCCGGCGGGCAAGACGCGGAACGUGCGGUUCGAGCCGGAGAGCCAGAGGGGACCGGGUCCCCUUCCGGCUCAAAAUGGGUCAAAUGAGUGGACGACGAACAAUUACGGGUGUGAGGCACGAGUCAUCGGCACCGUCCGUCCCGAAAAGAGUACGAGUUCGAAAGAAAACGCGUCGUCCGAUGCACCAUAGCAAAUGAAUUGAAUUGAAACCGACAAUAAUAUCUGUUGCAGGCUCCACCGGAAGAGUGCCAUUGGACAAACCGCCGCCGGCAGACUGGAGAUAUGCGAAUGAUGUGAAGGUACACGUGGCGCCACUCGCCAGCAGUGACAUCGACGCGGACACCAGGUGAGCGUUGGAAAAUACUGGAAAUUUGAGAGGAAAACGCACGAAAAUAGUGUCAAAUUUCGGAAAAACGAGAAAAAACGGUCAACUUUGAGCGAAUAUUGUAGGCUUUGGGGGUAUUCUUCACAACAUUGGCUACAGUAAUCCAGGAAGUGGUUGCACAAGAAAGUUGUCAACUAAUAAAAUUUAGCUCACAAGUUUUGCUUCAUUUUUGCAGUUGAGCACUUUUUUGUACGACCAUUCCCUGGAGUACUGUAGCUCCGCAAAGUUUGGGCGCUGAUAGAAUCAAACAUUUUUCGAUUCCCAACUUCCAGGCGCUACAGUACCCCGGAGAGUGGUCGUAGAAAAAAGUGGUCAACUAGAAAACUGUAGUACUAGAUGUCAAGAAUUAAAAAAAUAACUUUUUAGAACAGUAACCAUUGUCAGAACUCUACAAUAUUCGUUUAAAGUUGGUCAUAUUUCUCAGCUGACAAAAAGUCGAAAUUUUGCUGCUAUUGUCCUGUAAAGUGACAAAUUUGCAGGCACCCCCUGGACACGCCGAACUCUCGCUUCGGACCGCCACCUUCCAGAGCCACGUCGGUACUUCAGAGCCUCAGAGAACAGAAGGAAAAUCUGGAGUACGAGGAGAGAAGACGCGAAGUUUCGACGCUUCCGAGCAACUAUUCGAGCCAGCGGCCAGAGAUUUACGGCACAAUUCAAAGGGGAUACGACACGGCGAGCAGGACCGAAUCGCAUUUGUGAGUGCUCCGGCAGGUUUUCGUGGCGAGACCCUUGACGUUGCAGACACUCUUCGGAAUACUCGUCGACGAAGCAUCUGGACGACAUGAACGUGGUGUUCCUUCAAGCGAACGACGAGGUGAAACGGACUCUGCUGCCGCGGAACCUCCACUCGAUGCACCAAGUCAAGAUGUCGUUCGUCCGCACGUUUCCGAAUGUGACGCGUUCUUUUGUGGAGCAACCGCACGUCAAGAUCUACAUCCAGGAGCCGAGCAAAGGGGCGCUCUUCUACGAACUCGAGGAUCCGGGCGACAUCAAGAACAAAUCGGUGCUUCGGCUGCGAGAGAAGACGAGAAUGACGUCGCCGAUCGGAUAUCUGGAGCAGCAGCCGGACUAUCACUCGGAGACGGAGCACGACGACGGACGACGGACGGUGCCGAUCGGACUGCGGCCCGCAUCCGCAAUGGCCGCGCCCACCGUCGACUUUAUGCACAAACAGAAGCCCGUCUACGACAUCUACUCGGAUCCGUACAACUCGGAUACGAGCAGUCACGACAGCCGCAGUGUCACGAGAUCCGGAUCGGCGACGCCCGUCAUUGACAGAGAAUCCAGGUACGUCCAGAGACACUUUGACACUUUAAAGGACCAGGGAACCCAAAAAUGUUUUGAUUUUUUUGUGAAAUUUUUUGUGUCUGUUUGAAUUGUUGCCUCACUUAUUGCCUCAUACACUGGUGAAAUGCUGCCUCUCAAAAAUGCCAAUGAACGAAACGGCGUGCAGUUGAAGUUGUGGCCGUGGCCUAGAAAUAUGCGCUUCUCGGCCAUUUUAUUUUUUCCGCUUUUUUACCGGUUUUUUCGCGAUAAAAUCGAAAAACUCGCGACUUCGUAUCGACUGAAUGAAAACAAUUUUUAGCAGUGAAAAAAUAAGUAAGUGCCGAACAAAUGUCAAUCAACAGAAAAAUGGGAGAAACCGUUAAUUUUUGGAAAAAAAAGCGGUAAAAAAGCGGAAAAAAUAAAAUGGCCGAGAAGCGCAUAUUUCUAGGCCAUUGGCGCUAGGCCACGGCCACAACUUCAACUGCACGCCGUUUCGUUCAUUGGCAUUUUUGAGAGGCAGCAUUUCACCAGUGUAUGAGGCAAAAAAAUUUCACAAAAAAAUCAAAAAAUUUUUGGGUUCCCUGUUCCUUUAAAAGUGUCCAGAAUAGUUGAAAAACGAGAAGAAUGAGAGAGUUUCAGAGUGCGAAUGGAGACAAUGGAACGUCAACUGGCGGGACUGUCCAAUCUGGUGCACACGGCGCUCGUGAGCAAGGGAAUGAGCGAAACGACGCAGAGAGACAUGGCCGAGCUGCGCAGAGAGGUCAGCUUUUCACUAAAUUACUGAUUGCCUGGUCCCUGUAUUGAAAUACUGCCCAACAAAUUGCACCGUUGACGAACGAAUCCUAUGCUAGAAUCCCUCUCCUAAACCAGCUUGUGAGCCCCGUGCCGACUGCUUGCAGAUCCUUUCGAUGCACCCGGAGCAGCCGAGGGACUCGUCCGAAGAGCCCGCUUCUUCUUCUUCUCUCUCCGACUCCAUCUCCUCGCACACCGCCUACCAACUCUCCGUUUUCCGUAACAAACUCAAAGAGACGCACAACGAACUGCGUCAUUUGAAGAAUUCCGCACAGGUUUAAAGCGCGAACGCAUGCCUGGAAGAGCUUUUUCUAGGCCACGCACCCGAGAUAACAUUUACCAUUGAAAUUCCAGUCAAACAACUUUUUUCAAUGCGCUUGUGCUCUAGUGGACUUGCUGGCCGAGAAUUUUCUCGGCCAUCGUGUUCGUUGGAGCCUAAACACAGUUUUUUGCAUUUCUAGUGACAUUUUUAGGUGAACGCCCAGACGGGAAACACGCUGCUGCGGGAAGCGGGCGAUAAAAUCGGGCGAAUCGUCGCGGACCGGCUCAAAAAUGCUCCGGGAGCCGGCGGUCCGAUUCUGCAGCCAAUUGCGGCCCGAUUGACGCCCCCGCGCGACGAAAUCGACGAAUCGGAAAGGAAUGAGCACGCGAGCCGACUCGCAGAGCUCCUCCAUUCGUUGACGUGAGUUCCGAACGGAUUCUGAUGCCAUCACGUCGCGAUUGUGUGCUUCAGAAGCUUCGAAACGAACGUGGAAACUGUGCGUGGGAGUGUUUUAUCGAAUCAGAAGAAAUUGAGAAUGAGCGAAGUGGAGGACAUGACCGAGAAACUGACGAACAUUGGAAGGAUCGCCGCCGAGCUCAAGAGUACGCUCUUAAACGACUUUUGUAGAACUUUUAGAGAUCUCGUGAGGUUCUCAAAACUUUUCUGUAAAAUCUCGAGAUCUAGUACUGUCUUUUUGUAGUUGAUGCUUUUUUUGUACGACCACUCUCUGGAGUACUGUAGCUCCGCGAAGUUAGCGCUCUAAAUAUUAGUUUUGCUAUUGUGUACUAGCUUCCAAAGGCUACAGUACUCCAGGGAGGGACUGUACGGAAAUUUUGUCAACUACAAAGAUAAAGUACGGAUUAUUAACUUUAUUUUUGUAGUUGACAAUUUUUCCGUACAAUUACUCCCUGAACUACUGUAGCGCCUGGAAGUUGGCGCCUACAAAAUUACGCGUAAUGUGCAGCCCCUAACUGCCCGGAGCUACAGUACUCCAGAAAAUGGUCGUACAAAAAAGUAAUCAAGUACAAAAAUACAGUACUAGAAGUCAAGUUUUCACAAAACAAAUUUGAGAACCAUUCGAUGUUUCUCGGUUCUACAAUACCCGUUCAAAGUAAACCUUCCGAAUCCCUUCUUUUUCAGCCGACUUCCCACCGAUCCAAAUGUCGAUCGAACAGCGGAUCAAACGGGACAUGGAGCGGGUGGUCCGCGAGGAAAAGUUCAUUCGCGACCAGAAUGUGGCCGUGGACCAGAGCCUCCGCCGCUGCAAGGCCCUCGCCAACAUAAUGGUGACGAUGAAGAAGUUGGCGAUGGUGCAGGACCCGUCGAUCCAACGGCGGAAGAAGGGAUCCGAAGGGACCGUGAUGGGCAGUCCCCGGCUUCCUCCGAAGCCCUCCGUCGGCCAGGCGAUCGCCUCGAAUCCGCCCGUUCAACUACAGUUCCCGCCGCCUUCUCCGCCGGGAUUCCAGCAGGCUCCGCCCCCUCCGCCCCCGCCGCCGCCAUUGGCUCACGUGCCGCCGAUUGGAACUCAUGAGCAGAGUUUUGGUCCCAGGUAUUGUAUAUUAAACACAUUUUUCUUCGAAAUUUAUUCGUCAAACAUACAAAAGAGCCAUUGCAGAGCCUCUCCUCAAUUCGUACCUCUUCCACCGGCUCCUCCUCCGAAACUGAGUUACAUCGACCAAUCCGCUCCAGUUGCUCAUCCUCCGACCGUCGUAAAAGUGGCCCCGCUGGUCGAGUACGUUCCGUCGCCAAAGUCCCCGGUGGCCGAACUGGACGGCAUCCUCGAAGAAGUCGGCGAGCCGGGCGGUCCUCCGCGGCCGCCCAGUCGUUACUCGGUGGCCGACGUGCGGCUCAAGUUCCAGAAGCCGCCGGAACUGCCCGAUCAGUUGCGGAGCAUGAUCGAGGACGUCGCGCGGAGGGCGUCUCCGGGUCCCGAGCAGAUGGACAAUAGACGGGCGGAUCUGGAGGAGCGGCAGGAGAGAUUGGCCGAGAAGCAGCGCCAGUUGAGGACCCAAUUCCAGCAGUUGCAGCAGUUGGCGCCCCUUCCUUGA